AUGCUCCUCUUUCUUUUAAGUCCCAUCCUUAGUGCGACCGCGACCGCGAUUCCCUCUCUAGAAUAUACGGACCAGGAACACUGCCGAUUUACCUUGGGCGCCAAGCAAUAUGAUUUAUGCCCCAUAAUGAAUGGGGCGGCCUCACGGUCACCCCAGCACACCAACGACAAGCUUGCUGGUGUUCCUGCAUCUACAGCGGAGGAAGAAGCCCAUGAUUGGCCAUGGACUUACCCCUGUAGGCCUGGGGUUGACAACUGUGUUUCUCGAGCGAUCUCAAGUGCUUCCGAAUCUGAAGUGAACAAAGAAAGCCGCUUCACGCUCCGCGCCUUUCCAUCUGGCACCUCUAUCAUCGCCGAGCUCUCCCGUCCGCCUGGGGCGCCUGCAAUCCCUGUCCGACUAAUCUGUGAUGCUGAUCAAGAGCUGAGAAAGCUCUUGCGGCCCGGCCAGCUUGAGCCAAUAUCCUCAUGGCUCACCAAAUUUGCAUGCCCGCUUCCGCCGGGAAACCUCCAUUCAUCGUCCUUCGCCGGUUUGGCGGACGAUAGCACGACCGAUCCUCCUCCCGGUGAGGAGGAAGGAAACGAUGACUCAGAGCAGCUUUUGGAUGGCAAAAAUCGGCACUCGCGACGCUCCACCGCCAUCAUCUUCGUUGUAAUAUCUAUCACCGUCGUAUCGCUGUGGGUGAUUAGCUAUAGAUACCCGGAUUUCGUCAUGCACCACGUCCACUCGUUCAUCCACCGCAUUUCAACCCUCCCCCAACAAGUCCACCUGCCCUCCAUAUCACUCCCCGCGUCCUUAUCUCUGCCGCAGUCGUUGAAGCGGGCGGGAGAGGGCAAGCUUGUCAGGUGGGCACAAGAAGACCUCGAACUAGACGCGGAGGAUGAUGUCAUGGUCAAUGGCGCGGACGCCUACGAUGAUUUCGAGAUGGGGGCGGGAGACGAAUAUAUCCCGUUACGACCGAGUCCGAGGAAGGGAGGGAGAGGGCGGGUCAAGAACUACGGGAGCGCCAACCCGUUCUGGUGA